AUGGAAAAGGAAGCAUCUGCUGAAGCUCAGAAAACCACCCAAGAAUCUAUAGUUAAAGAAGAGACGAUUGCAGAAAGAAAAUGGGUGAAGCUUGAGCAGACAACUUACAUUGACCCUGAAGGUCAAACAAGAGUAUGGGAAUCUGUGAAGCGUACUACCAGAAAAGAAGGGGUUUCUGCUGAUGGUGUUGCUGUUAUUCCAGUGUUGCAAAGAACUCUUCACUAUGACUGUGUUGUCCUAGUGAAACAAUUUAGGCCUCCCAUGGGAAACUACUGCCUGGAAUUCCCUGCAGGUCUAAUUGAUAGCAAUGAAACCCCAGAAAGUGCUGCUUUACGUGAACUGGAGGAAGAAACAGGAUACAAAGGGGAGAUCCUUGAAUGCUCUCCAGCUUUGUGCUUGGAUCCUGGAUUGACUAACUGUGCAUCACACAUUGCAACAGUCACCAUUAAUGGAGAUAUUCCUGCCAAUCUGAAGCCCAAACAAAAACCAGAGGAAGGAGAAUUUGUAGAAGUUGUUACACUACCAAAGAAUGAUAUAUUGCAGAGAAUUGAGGAGCUGGUGUCAGAGGAGCACAUGAUAGUCGAUGCAAAAGUAUAUGCUUAUGCCUUGGCACUGAGGCACGCAACAGAUCAGCCAUUCCAAGUGCCAUUUAUGAAAUUCUAA